CAUAAAGAGAAGGGCGUAUUUAAACAGUGCACUUACAGUCUAGACUUUGAGAGUGUCUGAAGACAUGGCGAAUGCAGCAGAAAUGAAUAAACUAUUUGUGUGCCCAGUAUGUUUAGAAUAUCUUCAUAAGCCUGUGAAAACGCAGACUUGCCAACACAUUUUCUGCAGGUCAUGUCUCCAGCAGGCUCUAAAAGCAAGAAUGACAUGUCCAGUUUGCCGGAAAGCUAUGGAUGGUAUUUGGGAACAUGCAAAAGAUACUGAUGCACAGAUGAAGGCUGUAUUUGAAACUUGCAAGAAAUGUAACAAAAAGGUUUGUCUGUCUAGUUUAAGGAAACAUCUUGUUCUACACAACGGAAGGCCUUUUCCUGAGCUCCCUGGGCAUGAUUUCCUGCCAGGACCUGGGAUACUGCCCAGUUAUACAUGUCCAUAUUGCCAGCAGGCUGGACUGGUAGAAGAUGAAUUGAAGAAUCACUGCAAUUCUGCCCACAGAAAAGACCAGAGAAGUGUGGUCUGCCCAAUCUGUGUAUCGAUGCCAUGGGGAGAUGCAUCAUAUCAAAGCAGAAACUUCAUUGGACAUUUAAAUAAAAGGCACACAUUUUCUGUUGAUGAGUUUGUGGUAAGUCUGUUCCAAGUACCUGGAACAAUUUCCUUUUGA